AUGUCAACAAAGCGUAGUGUCUACAAAAAAAACAGCCCAAAUAAUAAGUUAGUAGUGUAUUUAGUACAAAGAGAUAUAUUUGAUGAUUUACAAAAUGUUGAUCCAGUUGAAGGUGUUGUUACAAUUGAUAAGAAUAGUUUGAAAAGUUCAAAAGUUUUUGCUCGUAUACGUUGUGCAUUUCGUUAUGGUGAACAACAAUUGGAUGAUAUUUUAUCAGGUGUUACAUUUCGUAAAGAAUUUUUCAUACAAACUGUACAGAUUUAUCCAAUACAAAAAGGUGUACACGAUUCAUUUGGUGAAAUUCAAAAACGAUUGGUUGAACGUUUCGGUGAUGAUGCAUUACCAUUUCAUUUCACUUUACCGCAUGAUAUUCCAGCCUCCAUAACAUUACAGCCAGAGAAUACAAGUGCAUUAGAAGACAGUCCGUGUGGAAUUGAAUAUGUCCUACAGAUUUUUGCAGGUGAAACACAGCAGUCAACAGUUGGUAAGAGAAACACUAUCAGUUUAGCAAUACGUCGGCUAACAUUAGCUGUGCCUAAUCCAGAUGGUGAUGUCUACACAAAAGAUGUGGUUAAACCAUUUCAUUUUCAUUCUGGUCAACUGCAUAUUACAGCAAUAUUACCAAAAGAAGUCUUUUUCCAUGGGGAAUCGAUAAAGUUGCAGCUGUCAAUUGAUAAUGCUUCUAGCAAUGUCGUACGGCGACUACGGAUACAAGUUAUACAAACUGUUGAAAUCACACUAUUCAAACAGCGUACCACACGUUGUACUAUUAUAGACAUGGAAACAGAAAAAGGAUUUCCAAUCGAAUCACAAACUACAGGAUGGACUGAAACUUAUCUUUUACGACCGUCACUACAAGAAACUCGACCACAAGCUGGUCUUGCACUGGACGGUAAAUUGAAGCACCAAGAUACAAAUCUUGCCAGUUCAACAUUAAUUAAAGAUUACAGAAAAAAGGAGGGUAUGGGAAUCGUUGUUCAGUAUGCGUUAAGAAUCAAAGCUGUGACUGGUUUCGGUGGUAGAGAUGUUCAACUGGAAAUUCCAUUCAUUCUUUGCCAUUCACGUAAAGAACAGGAGGUGAUCAAAGCUGAAGCACCAAGCGAUUUAGUCAUUGAAAAGUUUAAACGACCCAAAAUGAAACAACAUCAAGUAUCUGAAGAUAUGGAAACACAGUAA